AUGAUGGCUGAAUCUCUCUCGUCUCUGACUCAAACAUGGCUUCAGUGGGACCAGGAUCCUACUACUCGGGCGGAAAUAGAGAAGCUUCGGGACUCAAAUGCCACCGAGGAGCUAGAAAAGCGCCUGCGUAAUCGCAUCGAGUUCGGAACGGCCGGUCUUCGAGGUCGUAUGGCUGCAGGGUUCUCAUGCAUGAACUCCUUGACUGUCAUUCAAGCCUCACAGGGGCUGGCUAAGUUUAUUCGAGACAAGCGUUCCGAGAUUGCCGCCAGCGGCGUGGUCAUUGGUCAUGAUGCACGGCAUAACUCUGCGAGAUUUGCUGCACUUGCUGCCAACGCUUUCAUUGCGCAGAGAAUCCCCGUCUGGUUCUUCAAGGAGGAGGGGCCAACUCCAUUGGUGCCGUUUGGAGUGAAUCACUUCCGUGCUGCCGCGGGUAUUAUGGUGACGGCAAGCCAUGUAGGCUACAAAGUCUACUCGAGCAAUGGCGCGCAAAUCAACCGCCCUGAGGAUGGAGAGAUCGCACAGUCAAUCCUAGAGAAUCUCGAACCAUGGCCAACCGCUUGGGCUGAAUUACAGCCUAGUGAAUACUUGCGCGCCGAUUCAUAUCAGAAUUUGUUACCUCACUAUGGCAAACGAGUUGAGGAGUUCACGAAAACCACCGUGACAGACUGGCAACCCCCUAGACCUUUCGUUUAUACACCUCUGCAUGGUGUAGGAGGCUUGGUACUUCCCAAUGUCUGUAACUCCAUCGGUAUCCAUGACUUCGUAUCUGUCACUGCCCAAGAAAAGCCAGACCCGGACUUCCCCACCGUUAAGUUUCCCAACCCAGAAGAAAGUGGUGCUUUGAAUCUUGCUAUUCAGACCGCCGAUCAGGAGGAGAAAACAUUGAUCAUUGCAAAUGACCCCGAUGCGGACCGUUUUGCAGUAGCGGAAAAAAUAGGGUAUGUAAACCUCACGUCUCCUCCGUAUUCAUCCCUAAUGUGCUUCCAUCUUGAUAGUGAGACUUGGUAUACAAUGAGCGGGAACCAUGUUGGUGUGCUUUUGGCCUCCCAUAUCUUGGAUUCCUACGAUUCCGGCAACGACUGGUCUAAUCUUGCCGUGUUGACUACAACUGUAUCGAGCUCCAUGCUCGGAAAGAUGGCUGCUGCAAAAGGCAUCCAAUUUACUGAGACUUUGACCGGAUUCAAGUGGAUGGCCAAUGUUGCGCGUGAUCUGGAGAAAGAAGGAAAGACUGUCGUAUUCUCCUAUGAAGAGGCACUGGGUUAUAUGUUCCCUUCUGUUUGUUACGACAAAGACGGAAUCACCGCAGCUACUGUAUUCCUUGCAGCAGAGGCCAAGUGGAGGGCCCAAGGCUUGACUGCAUAUGGCAAACUCCAGAAACUCUUCACUGAAUUUGGCCACCACGAGACGCUCAACAAUUAUUUCCGAUCUCCCGACCCCCAGCUUACCUCAACCCUCUUCCAGGGAAUCCGGGGCAGUUCCUGCCUCGCAGAAAUGAAGUUUGGACCAUUCAAGAUCUUGCGAUGGAGAGAUUUGACCGAAGGGUACGACUCCAGCACCCCUGACAAGAAGCCAGACUUGCCCGAAGAUCCCAGCAGUCAGAUGCUUACGCUGUGGCUUGAUGGUGGAGUUCGAUUUACAUUCCGAGGCUCGGGAACAGAGCCCAAGGUCAAGUUCUACAUCGAGAGUUGUGGCGAGUCUCGCGAGGAUGCGGUGACGGCGGUGUGCGAUGCAUUCCUGGCCAUUCAAGAGCACUGGGUUCAGCGCUUUACGCCUUCGAUGACAUACAGCAAACAGCUUCCUACUUCGUCGGGUCAUGUCUUGGAUUUGGAAUAA